UAUAAGGGUGCCGCUACAGCCUCAAAGCCAGUUCACCAGCAACCGUCUCUUGUUUUACAUCUAAAGGAGAGAAGAAAAAUACCAAACAAGGGUUACUAUGCAUUACGGGAAUUACCUUUUCCUAGCAUUGCUUUGUAUUUUUCAACCAAUAAUAUCAAAAGGCAAUAUUGUUGAUGGCAGGGAAUCCCGUUCUGUACGCUCAAUACGCUUUGAGCUUUCGGACAGACGAUCGUAUCGAGACGUACGUGAACGUUUCUUAGUAAGCUCUCCGAAUAAGCUCUCGCCGGAUCAUCACCUAAUUCGAGAUGACCGCCGCGGACGAUCUUCUUUGCGGAAUAAUCUGGAACGAGUAGAUACGAUCUUGCAUCGAAACACUAGAGCGAUCAGGCAGUUGAAGACCAAUGAAAUACGAUCUCAGAGACUUUCUCGAUAUCAAGAUAGAAUCAUUCCUGAUGUUAGAUCGAUCAAUGACCGCACUUUUGAUGAUGCCUCUCGUAAUGUGAGAUUUGAACGCGGUACGGCACUAUUGGACACUAGGAAAAUUGCAUCAACGACAGAACGUGUGGAUGCGAAUGAAAAUAAAUUGAGCAGAAGUCGAGAAAUCUCCAAAAAUGCACGUUCAAGAAGUGUUUACGACUUAAAGCAAAGUGAAAGACGCAUUUCACAGAAUCGUUUUUCACCUGAGCGAAAUAUUGAUAUUUCUCGGGACGUAUCUGAGCGUAGCCAUAAUGUAGAAAGAAGAUUUAGCAAUGCAUAUCAUAGAAGACAAGAAACCAGACAAAAAACUAAUGUCCUCCCAAAUCGUCCCCGAUCAUUGGGACGGGAGCAAACUCGUGAAAUGCGAAUCCGAAAUGAUGAUAAUUUGGUGAGAAAAGAAAGGCGCAUUUCAAUUGAAAAUCGACGCAAUGUUGAUAAACGUAUUGAUAUUCCGGAAAACUUAAAGAAUAUCAACUCUCGACGCAUUUCACAGAAUCGUUUUUCAGCUGAGCGAAAUAUUGAUAUUUCUCGGGACGUAUCUGAGCGUAGCCAUAAUGUAGAAAGAAGAUCUAGCAAUGCAUAUCAUAGAAGACAAGAAACCAGACAAAAAACUAAUGUCCUCCCAAAUCGUUCCCGAUCAUUGGGACGGGAGCAAACUCGUGAAAUGCGAAGCCGAAAUGAUGAUAAUUUGGUGAGAAAAGAAAGGCGCAUUUCAAUUGAAAAUCGGCGCAAUGUCGUUCAACGUAUUGAUAUUCCGGAAGACUUAAGGAAUAUCAACUCUCAAAGGCGUGGCUCUACACCAAAUAGAGAAGAAGUCAGAGACCGUUUUGAAAGAACUGUUCGAGGUCGUUAUACUCGAUCGAGAUCCCUUACACGUUCAAAACUCCGAAAUAGUGUAGCUGGAAAUAUGCAUGAACGCAAUAUUAAUAAUAUUAGAGAAAAAAGAGAACUCGAAAGACUAGGCGGAGAUCGACGAUCUGAGGCACGUAGAGAAUCAAGAAGCUUGUCUAUGGAAAUUAGAGACAUGGAGAGGGAUUUCGCUGGCCGACAAUAUGCCAGAAAUAGCAAAGCAGUCGCCCGUGAAAUACAAGGAAUUUCCGAAAUGAGGAAACCUUCUAGAACAUUGUCACGAUUGAAUAUUAGAGAUACCCGUUGUGAAGAUAGAGAACGUGUUUCUCGAUCAGAAUUGAGGGAAAGAUCAAAAAUACUUUUCCGUGAAGCGGAGAGAACUGCCUCUCGACAUGAAAGAAGGAACAAUAUGUUGCGGGAUACUGAUGAAUACGGAUCACGUUUCGAAGUAUCCAGAAAUUUGAUAAAUUCAUUCAAAAGCGAAGAAAAAACUGGAAUGAUGAAUUGGCAAAUACUAUUUUACACUUUACAAGGCAUAUACUUGUGUAGUAUUUUGGUUAAAGCGAUGAAUAAAAAUGAUUAUUCUAUGAAAAAGACCCGAUCCUUUGGCUGGUUACCUCUAUCUACUGCUAUGAAGAUUGAUUGAACAAUAAUGAUAUUCAUCGGCGCGCUUCUCGAAAAUACUACCUUUCUCUUACGAUGUAUAAGUUACAAACUUAUUUAAAUGUGUAUCUAGUUACUUAAAUUUUUACUAUCUGAAAUAAAAUAUGGUUAUUCUGA